AUAAAUAAAUGAGUCCCGUUCCGUCUGCAGCAGCGUCAAGUUCGAAGACACCUGAAGUCGCAGUCGCGCGCCUACGUGCCAUUAUUUCGUGACUUUCGAGUGCUAUUAGCGCGGCCAAAUCGCAUAAAAAUAGCAACGUUAUACACAAAUACAAAUUGUGGCCCGCUCGCUGUUUGUUUGUCUGUCGUGUGUUAAAUGUGCAUUUAAAUUUUUAAUUCUCCGCAAAACGGAUAGAGUUCUGUAUCAGUGUAUUUGUGCCAAAAUCGUCUAAAAACAACAAACAAAAUUUCGAACGCCAGCAGUGCAGGAGGAAAAAUCACUCAUUCGCUGCCUUCACAUUGUUGCUGUUUUUUUUUUUAAUAUUGUCUCAACUGUAUUUUGAAUGUCCGAAAAUAAAGGCAUCAUGCUCGCAAAAUCUAUGCAAAAACACGCUGGACGUGCCAAGGAGAAGAUUCUACAAAACUUGGGCAAAGUCGAUCGCACCGCAGAUGAAAUCUUUGACGAUCAUUUGAAUAACUUCAAUCGCCAACAAACAAAUGCCAACAAAUUACAAAAGGAGUUCAACAACUACAUAAGAUGCAUACGCGCCGCACAAACCGCCUCGAAAUCACUGAUGGACGCCGUUUGCGAAGUUUACGAGCCACAAUGGACCGGAUACGAUGCACUUCAAGCACAAACUGCCGCCUCGGAGAGCUUGUGGCUCGAUUUUGCACACAAACUGGGCGAUCAGGUGCUGAUACCGCUUAAUACAUACACCGGCCAGUUCCCUGAGAUGAAGAAAAAGGUGGAAAAGCGCAAUCGCAAGCUCAUCGACUACGAUGGUCAGCGUCACUCGUUCCAAAAUCUGCAAGCCAAUGCCAACAAGCGCAAGGAUGAUGUUAAGCUUACCAAAGGUCGCGAACAGCUGGAAGAGGCGCGUCGCACCUAUGAAAUUUUGAAUACGGAACUGCACGAUGAGCUGCCCGCCCUCUACGAUUCGAGAAUAUUGUUUUUGGUGACCAAUUUGCAGACAUUGUUCGCCACCGAACAAGUGUUCCACAAUGAGACGGCUAAGAUCUAUUCGGAACUUGAGGCAAUUGUUGACAAGUUGGCCACAGAAUCGCAACGCGGCUCAAAUACGCUGCGCAAACAAACAAUAAAUCCCAUCAAGACUUCGAGCCCAGUGCAAUCGCCAGUGAACAAACUGAACAACGCCAAUGCCAACAACAGCAACUAUCAAAAUCAAAUUACCACAAACGGUGGCUCCAGUCUGGCAAACAGUCAUGCCAACACAGCUGAUUUGCCACCUGGUGUGCUAUAUCGCGUGAAGGCGACCUACGGCUACGUUAAGGAAGAUGUCGAUGAACUGAGCUUUGAAAUUGGCGAUACCAUACGUGUCAUUGAGUACGACGAUCCCGAGGAUCAGGAGGAAGGCUGGCUGAUGGGACAAAAGGAAGGCACAACCGAGAAGGGUCUGUUCCCGGCCAACUUUACACGUCCCAUUUGAAAAGCGGAUGCCGCUACAAUGACGGAACGAAUGCAACUAAAACACAACUAAAUAACAACAACAAACACUUCAGCCCAAAUUUUGUUAUAUUAUUCUAUAUAUAUACAAGAAUACUUUUUACAAUCAUUUUACAAAACAAAAGCAAAAGAAAACGAUUUUGAACGAACUUCAACUUUCGGCCAAAUUUUUUGAUAUACAGCGCUGCGCUAAUUAUUUGAUUUGUCAUUAAGCAACCGUGGUUUUUCGUCAAAUUUAUUGUUUAAAUUCAAAUCUGAUUUAUAUAUUUUACUUUGUAUGCAAUAAAAACAGUCGUGUAUUUGUUAAAGCAGUGCUUCCAAUUAUUAUUAUUAUCAUUAUUAUGAAUAUUAUUGUUGACAAAUGAUUGCACACAAAAUACUUUAAAAUGUUUCAUAUAUAUUAUUUUGUUAGUAUGUAAGCUUAAUCAAAACACAAACAAAAACAAAAUGAAAAGAAAAGAAAAACAAAAGCAAAGCUAAAUUAAAAGUAAAACAAAAUUUAAUAAUAAUGAAAAUGAAAAAAUCUAAAAACACCAUAAAAACAUAUACACAUACGCAUAUAAUAACAUACAUAUAUUUUAUUUGUUAAAUCUAUUAUUGUGCUCAUAAUUAAUACGAACAAAAUGUAUCUAAUUUGUAAUUUGUUAAAAGCAAAAGGCAAAGACGAACAAUUUAACGCAUAUCACUCGAUAAGGAUCGUGUUUUAAACACGAUCAUCUGUUAGAGGGAGAGAACAAAAACACAGACCUUUUGUAUAUGUAUUUUGCAAAUGAUGUAGUACGAGUUUUUUAUAGUCAAUUGAAUGUUCUGGAGUGAAAAGAAAAGAAAAGAAAAA